AUGUCCGCGAUCCUCUCCGUUGACGACCUCAACGAUUUCAUCAACCCAGGUGUAGCCUGCAUCAAGCCCAUCGAGACGCUACCGACCGCCGCGCCGGCCGUGAGCAACGCCAACCCCUCCAACGAAUUCGAGGUCAUACUUGACGGCCAGCAACCAGAGGCCAAGGGCAAUGCUCCUCCAGCCGAGAUUUCCCUUACCGACUGCCUCGCCUGCUCCGGCUGCGUAACGUCUGCCGAGGCGAUGCUAGUCAGUCUACAGAGUCACAAUGAGGUUCUCAACGUGCUGGAUUCCGCCCCAGCCUUGCAGCUGGUAGGCCCUGACGCGGACGGGAAGUACUCGGUCAAAGGCCUUGAAAACGACGCCGCGAAGCUAUACGUUGCCAGUGUCUCCCCACAGAGCAGAGCCAGUCUGGCUGCAGCGUGCGGCAACGGUGUCACAGAGCAGCAAGCUGGUCGCAUGAUCGAACAACUCUUCCUGGGCGAACAAGGUCUAGCAAGAGGUGGAAACUGGGGGAACAAAUUCACGUGGGUGGUGGACACAAACACGGCGCGGGAGGCAACUCUUGUCCUUGGGUCUGACGAAGUACUUGGAGGCUCGAUAGCGCCGUCCGACAAAGCGGCUACACCAAUUCUCACUGCUUCGUGCCCUGGUUGGGUAUGCUAUGCCGAAAAGACACACCCCUACGUACUACCACAUCUUUCCCGGGUAAAAUCACCACAGGCCCUCAUGGGCACCCUCCUAAAAACAUCCCUUAGCCGCAUCCUCAAUAUCUCCCCUGACAGGAUAUGGCACUUGGCUGUGAUGCCAUGUUUCGAUAAGAAGCUCGAGGCUAGUCGCGAAGAGUUGACAGAUGCUGUCUGGGCUGGGGACGGCAAGCCGGGCAGAGGUGUACGAGACGUCGACUGCGUCAUUACAAGCAAGGAAAUCCUUAUGCUUGCCGCAUCCAGAGGCCUUAACUUUUUCGGUCUGCCGGCCUCGGCGCCGUCCCAGCACCCCCAAUUUCCUGACCCGUCGAUACACGACUUCCUAUUCCGGCCCGGUCACCGUCAGCAGUCACGCGAGGCUGGCACAUCCGGUGGUAACAUGCACUUCAUCCUUCGCAACUUGCAAGCGAAGAAUGUUGGUUCCCAGAUACAAACAGUACCAGGGAGGAACGCCGAUGUUGUUGAAUACAAGGUGAUCGCGGAAUCAGGCGAGGUUUUGUUCAAGGCGGCGCGGUAUUAUGGCUUCCGAAAUAUUCAGAACCUUGUCCGCAAGCUGAAACCCGCAAAGGCGUCCCGAAUGCCUGGCGGAAAGCCCUUUGGUAGUGCCAAGAGGCCGGCAGGUAAAGCUAACGGUCUUGACUAUGGCUAUGUUGAGGUAAUGGCUUGCCCAGGCGGCUGUACCAAUGGAGGUGGCCAGAUUAAGGUAGAUGACCCAGUGAUAGUUGGUCGGAAGGGUCUCGUUGUAAAGCCAGGACCCUUGGAACAGAAGGAGUGGCAGAAAGAAGUCGACGAGGCGUACUUCUCGGGAGACGAGCCAGACUCGGAAGUCCAGGAUGAUAGUUCCGACUUGGUUGUUGAUGGCAUUUCCCCUUCACAUAUCAGAAAUGUCUUGACCCACUGGUCGACAAUAACGGGGAUAAAGCUGGAAAGACUGGCGUAUACAAGCUACCGGGAGGUGGUCAGUGAUGUCGGCAAGGAGAAGAAGAUGACUGAUACCGAGAGAGUCGUCCAACUUGCGGGGAAGAUUGGUGGAGGAUGGUAG